CCCACUGACAGGAAAUAAAAACUUAAUUAUUCACGCGAGCAACUCUACUCAAGUUUAAGAAAAAUACGCGUUGGUCAAUAAAGUAAGGUUAAAAACUUUAUAUUAUUUAAGUAGCCCAGCUAAACUAGCAGUACAUACACAAAAAAAGAUAACAUGAACUAUUAUAUGGUAAUCGAUUUCCUUGUAAUAUUUUGGUUGCGAAUAUUUUGUGUUUCAGAAGUGAAUAUAGCAUGUCGUCAUGUAGAAGAAAUGUCUCCAGUAGUCAUAGAUAUUUUAUGGGUAACUUUCGAUUCCAACGACAGCCUCGUUGUUUAUGAAAACACUUCAUUAAUAAUGAUUUGUAUUAUUCCUUUCUUCUGUAAACUGACGAAUAGCAAGUGGGUGCUACAAAAUAAAGAGAACUCAGAACCACCAUACAAGAUUGAGGUUCAUCAAGGUACAGCAUUAGCGCAAAGAAAUUUGGUACCCAAAAUAGGCGAAUGGGAAGUAAUCGAUGUUGUGACAUUGAAACAAGAGGUGUGUCGAUAUCAAGUAUAUGUCAAACCAGUUGAAAAUCAAUGUCUCUCUUUGAGUAAAGAUGAAAUUAAUAUAUUUUGCACCACAAAAAGAGUGUAUCCAAAGGCUAAAUGUACAUUUUAUAUAAGUUACAAUGGGCAAAGAGCUUUUGAAUUUGAAAAUGUGAUCUACUCUCACAAAAACGAGACGGGUUACUCUGUGUCCAACUGUAAUGCUAUAAAACCAAUACAAUUAACAGAAAUAGGUACUUAUAGAGUUGAGGCAAUCAUUUAUCCUAAUAUAUCCAAUGAUAAAAGUGACGUCGUAUAUGGGACAAACAUUUCAACGGAAAUUAUCUUCAAGAGUCCUUAUAUUACAUUAGUAAACUGUCCUACACAUGUGAAGAAAUAUAUUCUGAUAGACUGCGAAUGUGUAUUAAAUGAAUUAGGCUCAACAAAUGUGCUAUACUCAUGGAUCAAUGCUAGCACUAAUGAAAGCAUAUCCUACUCUAACCAUUUAAGAUUUGCAGUUGAUAAUUAUAACACUGAAUUUAUUUGCAAAGCAAACAGUUUUAAAAUAGACAAUGUGCUUUACGAGAACUACAACAUCUUUUUAUUAUCAGGUAAUUCCUUUGAAUCAAUGUUUUGAUGUCAAUUUAGAUUUUAAUCUUGGUAUAUGUAAUAGAAGUAGGUUAUGCAAAGUUAAUAGUGAAAAAUAUAUAUUUAGGUGUAUAUUUAAGCCGUAAAACUCAGUAUAAAUCUACCUAAUGAAGUAUACAUUUAGGGUUCUAGUCAUAAUAUUAGCAGAGAAAACAAAUCAGUAAGUCUGAACUACAUUAUGGAGCAUGAGGUAGAUUUUUUAAAAUAAAUAUGACAGUACCUCUUUUUUUAAUUAUGUCCCGAGACCAUACAUUAAACGUAAGUAAAGUAGAUGAUACGGAGAACUUGACAUUAUAUACGUAUUUUAAACUCAUUCAAUUAAAGUCGUCGUCUUCAUGGGUUUUUAAGUCAAUUAGAUUUGAGUCCACAAACGUGGUCAACAGAAAAUCGACUCUCAUAAAACUGGACACGUCAGUUACAUAUUAAAAAAAUAGAUAAAAAUAUCUAAAUGUUGCCAGUAAAUGUCUUUACCGUUUUUGAAUCUCAUUUGAAAAGAAGAUGGAAAUACUAGUAACAAGAAAAAAAAAAGAGAAAAAAAAAAGAAAAAAAAUAACUGUUUAUAGUAGAUUUUAUAUUUUCAUCAAUUCAAAGACUAUCCAUGGCAAAAUUUACAAACACCAUGCGACAUAACUAACUGAAAGAAAUUAACAACUAAUGAUUAAAGUAACUUAAAUCUUUGUCUUAAUACUACACCAUUCUCAUUACGAUACACUGAUUUUACAUAUGCUUCAUCGUGCAUAACAAUACUACCAUUUAAACUCAGUGUUUCUGUACCAAACAAUAUUGGCCUCUUCGUCUCGUCUUUGACUUGAACUGGAUUCUACAGUAGUGGACAGAAUCGGACAGAAUCUGAAUUCCGAAUAGUCUUGACUCAUUUACUCUUAUUAUAGGGUCCCAAAAGGUCUUUCUGGGUGAUCGAAUUACCAUAUAAAGCUUGAAAUGCACGAGUGUGCUCAGAUUAUUGUAGUUUCCUAAAGCUUCGCCCGUCGUCACGGUUGACCGUUGGCACAGUGCUGGCCUGCUGGCGUUCUUAAUAACGCUUCAUAUAACGAAUACUAUUUAUGACGUCCUAUGUAAAUGGUGUAAAAAUUGAACUAAAAACUUGUCGAAUUUUACGACAUUGUAGUUCUCAUUCAGGUAAGUAAAUAUUUUUGUAUGUUAAAUAUAUUUUUUAUGUUUGUUUAAAUUUACACUUUUAAUAUGCUAAUAAGUAGUAGCAUAAAAAUUUUUUGCACGGUUUUUAUUUCCCUACUUUUACAUGAGUUCAAACAAUAUUAAUAGGGAUAGUUGAUAAAAUUACAUAGAUAUUCAUUUCCAGCAGUCAUACCUGAAACUCAAGACUUAGGCCUAAAUACAACGCCUAGUUAAUACGAAAAUACAAAUACAGUUUAUGCUCAUCGUUUGUUUUGCAUUUUAUUUUUCAUCUAAAUUUAUAGAUUAUUCAUAAAACGAAUAUAAAUAUAUUUUACUAUAUUUUACUAAUUUUGGUCUCUGUUUUUGUAUAUGAGCUCAUAAACAGCUUGAAAGAAAUGAGAAGGCUGACACACUCGAUGCCAAGAAUGGGAGAACAAAAUCACAAUUAAACUCUGCACUAAAUCCAAAUAUAACUGAAGAAAUUAAUCGUAAUUAAAAUAAAUGAGAAAGGACGAGCUCUCAUCCAAAUCACAAGGAAGAUAAUACUUACAUAAGCUAUUCCGACAUGAUCAACGUCUAAUCGUUCGACUUAUGACCGGAUACAACAGAUUGCCACCACACAUGUACCGGAAGCUAAAAAUUGGAACCAGUUAGGUCUGCCCAUGUGGAGUGUCACCAGAGAAUGCCGACCACGUCCUCCCAAACUGCUCUCUUUACCAAGAGGCCCACACAAGACACUGGCCCCAAAUCAUCCCUAUAGAAAGAAAACUAUAUGAAGAGCUCCCUGAUACCACUACGCAGUUCAUCUCAUGUAUUGGUCUAGUCAUCUGAACGCUCCAACAUAAAAAUGAGAACGAAGAAGAAGAAGUCUUUUUUUAAAUACAAUUUCAAUGAGCAUAUUUAUUGUUUUGUUGACGCUUUUGAUAAGACAAUUCUUGCAGCUGUAAGACGUUUGUCUAAGCAUUGGUAGAUUUAUGCGAAGAUUAAGCCCAUUACAAACAUACAAGCAUCAGCCACUCAAACGCAUUCCUGAUUGAAUCACCUUUAACUUUGCCGUCUUCUUACUUUGAGGGAUAGUGCCUUGUAACUCUAGUGUCUUAGACUUAGUCUUCGUUUGGGACUAGAUUUAAGUCUAGUAUACUAUAUUAGUAUAUUAAGUAGAUCAAUAAAAAGAAGUAUAUUCUAUAUUGUGUAGAUGGUAGUCUACUAAGUCUGAUCUAGACUUGCUAUAAAUUUAUCUAGAUCUAGAUAUAUACUGUAUAUCACUAGCGGAUCCAGAACUUUGGAGUGGGGGGGGCGAUUUUUUCCAAACCCUAACUCUAACGCCCA